AGUGCCAGUAGCAAAGCUAAUUGGAAUAUAAAGAAAAGCCAGGGCUCUAUAGCUAAGCUUUCCUGGAGGGAAAUGCAUCACUGUUGAAUGGAGCUGAGGUAGAACUUGGAAAUUCUCUUUUGUAGAGUCUGGAGUACAAACUACUAUUUGAUUGACACCAGCUCUCUCCAGACCUACAAAACAUCUUGGCCAGGCAUCUCCAGAUGGCGGGAUUACCUUGGCCUCAAGCAAAUGGUCAGCAGCCAGAACAAUCUCUCCAGGGGCCAUCUCCCAGGAAUCCACAAAAUCCCAACACUCUGAGGGUAAAUGCAGGUGUAGAGGUUCCACGCCCCAGUCUCCCUCCUGAUUCUGUGUUUCCUUUGGGUAUAAACUUUGACAACCCAGUGAUGGGUGAAAUGGCAGCUGUUGCCAACCUAGGUCCUUUGCCAAGAGCACCACAAUCCUCCAGCACUGACAGGAAUAACCAGUGGCAAGAAUCAGUGAGUCUGGCACAGCGUGAGCAUGUUGUACGGAGGAUAGUCCAAAUGAUUUAUCCCAAUCCUGAUCCUGCCGUAUUAGGAGAUGAGCGCAUGGAGAGGCUGGUGUCAUUUGCUCGCAGAGUGGAAGGGGAGUCAUAUGACCAAGCAAACAGCAGGUGCAGACGCCAUAGCACUGGGAACAUGGAGCCCACUCAGAUCACUGUAGCAAUUAUGAGCUCUGUAAACACCACACGCAUUAUCCUGCAGUAUAUGCAGAACCAGAACCUGCAAAAGCGAAACCAGGAGGAAUACCACCAUCUGCUAACUGAGAAGAUCCAUGAAAUCCACAGACACAUACAGGAAGUACAAGAGAACAGGCUGCUGGGGCAGCAAGGACUUGGUGUACCGCCAGCUCCACAGCAGCAAGGACCUGGCAUGGGUCAGCCGUAACCAAGACUCUCUGCUAGCUUUGUGGAGAGCUGAAUGGUAGAUCCCAACCUCCAGGAAGAACUGUCUGGGCUAUCCUCAUCCAAGCUGCCUCCUCUGGACAAGAUUAACAAGUGACUACAAUUUCUUAGUGUACACUUGGUGUUAUGGAUUCAGAUUUUUAAAUGCAAAGUAAGAGUUUAACAUACUCUACUUCCC